CAGUGGACUUCCGGCAGUUGGAUGUCGGAGAACCCGGAGUGUUGGGAAUGGCAACCAAGCGCCUGGCGCGGCAGCUUGGAUUAAUUAGGAGAAAAUCAAUUGCACCAGCAAAUGACAAACUAGGAAGAAGCAAAUCCAAGCAGUUGUAUGACUACUUAAUUGUGAUUGAUUUUGAAUCCACCUGCUGGAAUGAUGGGAAACACCACAAUAGCCAGGAAAUAAUUGAAUUUCCAGCAGUAUUGCUGAACACAUUAACUGGAGAGAUUGAAUGCGAAUUCCAUGCUUAUGUUCAGCCUCAAGAACAUCCAAUUCUUUCGGAAUUUUGCAUGGAGCUGACAGGCAUAAAACAGGCUCAAGUUGAUGAAGGAGCCCCUCUGAAGAUUUGCUUAUCUCAGUUCUGUAAAUGGAUUCAUAAGAUUCAGCAACAGAAGAAAAUUGUUUUUGCUACUGGGGUUUCGGAGCCUUCUACUUCUGCAGCAAAAUUGUGUGCAUUUGUUACUUGGUCAGACUGGGACUUGGGGGUUUGCCUGGAGUAUGAGUGUAAAAGAAAACAACUGUUAAAACCCGUGUUCUUAAAUUCCUGGAUUGAUCUCAGAGCAACUUAUAAGCUUUUCUAUAGAAGAAAGCCAAAAGGACUAAGCGGUGCCUUGCAGGAAGUGGGAAUAGAAUUCUCAGGACGAGAACAUUCUGGGUUGGAUGAUUCUCGCAAUACUGCUCUUCUUGCUUGGAAAAUGAUCAGAGAUGGGUGCCUAAUGAAAAUUACAAGGUCCUUCAACAAGGUUCUCACAAAGAAGAAGCCCAACAUUCUGGCCAGAAAUUUGAAUACAAAUCAAGAAGAAACAUCUGCCUGCAACAUUAGCAUCCAGGGUUCCAAUAUACAUGAUAGAGAGCCUAAAAAUACAAUAAGUGCUCAUGAAAAGGUUCAAAUGAAUUUAGUUUGUGUGAAUUCCCCUAUAACAGUACAAAAGGAUCAGUUACAAGUAAAGAACAGUAUAAAAGCCGGUCCUCACAAUGUCGAAAGUUGCUUAUCUGUUUUUAAUACUAAGCCCUCUACAUCUUUGGGACAGUUGCAGUCUCCCAGCCUAAAUUCAUCUAUCUAUGUGCAGAAGCAAAAAAAAAAUGAACAUCUUGUAGUUAAUACCAAAUCUAAGUCUUCAACAUUUAAUUCAGAAUUGGUACUUGUCUCUACUACCAUUCCUUCUGUUAAUCAUGUUUCUGAAGUGGAAAUGAGUUCUACUCUUGACUCUUUGCCUAUGUUGGGUGAAUGGGAAGACAUAGUUUUACUGCCAGCAUCUCAACCUGAGGAAAAUAUAGAUAGUCUACUUCCUAUUAGUGACACAAAUGUAGAGACUUCACUUAGUUCUGGAGAAAGAGUAAUGGUUUUAAAAGAGUCAGAAGUGCUGAGUCAUGAAAAUUUUGGAGGCAUCAAGAAAACUUUAAAGGAAUUGGAGACUACUAAGUCCAUUGUGUAUAAGAGUCCUCACACUACUAUUUAUAAUGUAAAAGAAGCUAAAUAUCCAGGUUCAGAUGUGUCUGCCUUUAAAUUACCUGAACGCAAAUUAUGUGCCUUUAACAGUGUUAAUGCCAGUGCAUCUCAUCCUUCAGUUUUGGGGAAACAUCCUCUUUCUUUAGGUGUCUCUAAAAGGAAUUCACCUAGUCCCCCAGUUUUCCCACCAGCAAAAAAACAGACCUUCACUAUUCAUGAAGAAAAGCCAGCAUCAUCUGAUUGUUCCCCAGGAAAAAGUUCUUGUCAGAAGGUUGCCCCCGCUGUAUUAACUUCUGCAGUGAAUCUACAGGAGCCUUGGAAGAGUGGGAAAAUGACACCUCCCUUAUGCAAGUGUGGCCGGAGAUCUAAGAGACUUGUUGUUUCUAACAAUGGACCAAACCAUGGAAGAGUCUUCUAUUGUUGCCCUAUUGGCAAAUAUCAAGAAAACAGAAAGUGUUGUGAUUAUUUUAAAUGGGAACAAACACUUCAAAAGGAAAAAGCCAACAACACGCUUCUCUCUCAUUCCUCAGGGAGACUCACUUUUAGUUCUCUAGUAACAAGCCAUAUUCGUGACAGUAAUUGUCUUCCUACUAAAAAUUCUUUGAGACUCAGACCUUCAAUGAGGAAUUGAUAAAUUUUCUGUACAGUUAAACAGUUUUUACUUUUAGGAUAACUUUUAUGUGACUUUUAGUGCAGGAAAGAUAAAAAAGUAUAGGGCUACGAGUUAUGGAGUCUUAGCAUAUCUGAAUUCUGUAGACUGUAUUGUAGCAGAUACACACACACACGUGCACACACACAAGCACACAUACACAGAAAGAAAAUAUAUUUCAUGCCUUCCACUUUCACUCACCAUUUGCUUAACAAUUGCCUUCUGUGUUCAGGUAUGAAUCCUAAUUACUCCUUAAAUUCCCAAACAUGAAUAUUCUGGUACUAUCUUACACAUUUUAUUUAUAUUUCAUAUAAUAAUGUUUGCUGAAUUUUCAUGCCUCCUUGAAGAAUGACAAAAUAUUUUAUAAACUGUAUUCAUUAGGUUAAAUAAGCAAUAAUAGUACAUGAUGUUCAUUUUUCUAGUUAGACCUUGAAACAAAUUAUAAGCUAUUUUUAAAUUAUUUGAAUAAAAAUGUGACUAAUAAAAUUUCCUACUCUAUUUUUAGGUAGAUACUUGAUAAUUAUGAUAAUCUCCAGAUUGAUAUUUUUUACUUUUCUGAAAAAUUAUAAGUUGUUUAGUCUUAUUCAAGGCUUAAUUAUUCCAAUUUGUAUAUUCACAUAUUGGAAUUAUUUAACUAAGGAUUAAAAUCCAAUGUGGCAGAGAUUUGAUUGAUUGAUAGAAACUGCUUCUAUACCAAACAUUUAAGAAUGCUGUGAUCUGGGGAUAUAGCUCAGUUAUUGAACAUGUACCUGGCAUGUGCUAGGCCCUGGGUUUGAUCCCUAGUACUACAAAAAAGAAGUAUCAAAAUAAAAAUUCCUGAGCAACUGAUGACAUUUAUUUUGUGAUGCCAAAUUAUAGGAACAUUGACACUGGUGCAUAGGAAUCUAUUGAAUUUUUUUAUUUCAAAUUCAGCCUCUGUGUUUAUUUCAUAUGUACUAUGAUAAUGGGAUGAAUUUAAAUUGUUUUCCAUUCUUUUUUCUUCAGUUCAUUUCUUUUUAUCUUCCCACUAAUAGUCUUUGGCAGCUCUUGAAUAAAUUCUACCUGUUAAAUAUCAAGAAGAAGAAAAUUAGUCUAAAAGUUUUCAUCUUUAGAUAAAGCCAUUUAUGUAGUAGUUCUAUUAUGAAUUCUAGAUGAAAAGAUUAGGACACCUGUUGUGGGUUUUGGGUAACCAAAUAGGGAAGGGGGUAUUGUUAAGGAGAUUUUUUCUUGAUAUUUAGUAUUUACCGCAAGUUCACUGAGCCAAGUUAAGAGUUUAAUUUUAAAAAUUCAGAUUCUUAUUUACACAUCAUUAGUUCAAUUUGAAACACUUUAUGUAGCAUGUUUGAGGAGCGUGUUCAUUAAAAAGGAGAAAAUAAACAGUUGAAAAAAAUUCCAUAACACUGAACAAAUAUUCAUCAUAAAUAGGAUGCCUACCUUUCUUGGGUAUUUGUAAGGUGCUGUACUUCUUUUUACAUGAUCCUGAAUCUCCUUUUUUAAUUGUUCUUGGUCAUGUGACUUGUAAUCAGGGUUCAAAACAAUAAAAGCUUUUACGACCUAAAAUAAAUAUUUGAAACAGCAGAGAGA